AUGGGACUUUCAAGAAGCAUUGCUUUUGAAAAUUCAAACGAAAUUGAAAGCGAUGAUAAAAAUAACUACAAAACAAAUUUGUCUACAAAUUUUUCUUGGUGGUCACUAUUUGGUAUUAGUUUUGGAUUAACCAAUUCGUGGCUUGGUAUAUCGUCUUCUUUAGCUACAGGUAUUUCUUCCGGGGGAGCUGUAUUGAUUGUAUAUGGUCUUGUAAUUGGUUUCAUUUUCAACUUAGCUGUCGCAAUUACACUAUGUGAAUUAGUUUCUUGCUUCCCAGAUUCGGGUGGACAAUAUUAUUGGACUUUACGUUUGGCUCCCUAUAGAUAUAAACGCUUCCUAUCUUACAGUUGUGGGUGUGUAAGUUAUGCUGGCGCUUUGUUUACCAAUGCAUCAAUUACGUCUGGUGUUGCAACAAGCAUAAUGGCUAUUUACGAUUUAUGCCAUCCAACUUUCGUCUUGAAACGCUGGCACAUUUUUGUGACUUACGAAAUCCUAAACUUAUGCGUAUCAAUAUUCAAUAUAUGGGAUAAAUAUUUACCGUUAUGCACAUCAUCAGCCCUUUACGUAUCAAUUCUUGCAUUUGCUGUCACAUUAGUUACCUGCUUGUCAUGCUCACGCGGUGCGUAUCAACUGGCUGACUUUGUUUUCAAAGACUUUGUUAAUACAACUGGGUGGAAAAGCCCAGGAAUAGGUUUUAUUGUGGGUCUAGUGAAUCCGCUUUGGUCUUAUGUUGGAAUAGAUUCGGCAACACACAUGGUUGAUGAAUUGGGCAUUUCACGAUCUAGAAUUCUCAUACCAAGGGCAGUUUUGGGUACUGUUGUCCUAGGCUUCGUCACUGCAUUAAUGUAUUCUGUUUCAAUGUUUUUCUGUAUUCGCGACCCAGAAAAGGUAGUUGAAGCAGUGUUGCCGAUUUUGGAAAUUUUUCACCAAUCUACAAGAAGUAGGCCUGCUGCAAUUAUUCUUCAGUGCUUAUGUAUAACAACUGGAUUCCUUUGUAACGUUGUUGCCAACACAUGGCAAGCAAGAAUUUGUUGGUCAUUUUCUCGUGAUAGAGGUUUACCAGGCUCAAAAUAUUGGAUGGUUAUUAAUAAGAAAUCAAGACUUCCAAUUAACGCCCAUUUAGUGUCUAACCUUUGGAUAGGCGUUAUUGGCUGUAUUUUUCUUGGUUCUAGUACCGCAUUCAAUGCCAUCAUUACCGCGUGUAUUACCUUACUAUUAAUAUCCUACUCUAUCCCAACAGCAUGCUUAUUAGCAAAUGGUAGAAAUCGUGUGAAAAAAGGACCCUUUUGGUUGGGAAAAUUAGGCUUAAUAUGUAAUAUCAUGACUUUAAUGUGGACAUUAUUUUGUCUAAUAUUUCUUUCAUUCCCUUAUGUUCUACCAGUAACAAAAGCUUCUAUGAACUAUAUAUCCGUGGUAUAUGUUAUCAUCGCCCUCUAUAUAUUUAUCUAUUGGGUGUUUAGGAAAAGGUAUAUCAUAUGUGGAGAUGGAAGCUUCCCAGAUUCUAUUCUACCUUAA